UAAUUGGACCCAUUUUUUCCAUGCCUUUCACUACCCACUUCUCCCAUAUUCUUCUCCUACUCCAAACUCUGUCUCCUCUCUGUCACUGACUUUCUCUCUCCUCUUCCCUCCAUCUGCUUCUCACGUCUAUUGUUCAUCAUCAUCUCUUUCUCUCUCUCUCUAUCUGUCUGUUAAAAGCAGCAGAUUUUGCGAGAAAAUGGGCUCAUGUAUAUCAUCAUUCCAUAAAAAUUCCGGGUCUUCUAAAGUUGACCAAAUUAUGUCUGUCGAUAAAUCUUCGAUGCCACCAACACCCAUCAAGGAUAAAACUGAUCCUCCGAUUCUCCCAUUUGGUUACAAGUCCAGAGUUUCCCCUUUUAACUCUGUUUCUCGUUACCGUAGCUUUGGUGGCAGCAAGGACGAAACCUUUUUCGACACCCAAGCUUGGCUAGACUCGGAUUGUGAUGAUGAUUUUUAUAGUGUGAAUGGAGAUUUUACUCCUUCUCGUGGCAGUACUCCUAUCCAUCAUGCAGCAGGAACUCCUCGACUUAGCAGAGUAUUCUCUCCACAAGUUAGUAGGGCUGUUUUUGAAGGCAAACCACCUAUACGCAGUGCAUCAAAUCGAUCUCAAGGCAAUACCUCAGUCCGGCAGAGCUUUUCAUCUACUACUCAAGCAACUGGAGUCCUUUCUGAAGACGUAGCUGGUUCUAAUACAGUUUCAUCCUCUACAACUAAAAGCAAGAAACUUAUUGAUCUUUUCAGAGAAAGCAUGAGAGAGCGUGGUGGUGUUGGCCUAGCUUCUCCAUUGCCACCAAGAUCAGCCAAUAGAACCCCAUCUGGUUUGCGCUACUCUGUCUCUAGCACUGAUGUAGCGGUCCCUGUUAAUGAUCAUGUGCCUGUGGAAGAGAAGCCAGCAAAAUUUACACAUCGCUGCUUUCCACGAUUUGCUUAUGUUCGUAGCUUUAGUGAAAGUAAGAAGACAUCUAAUCCUCCCACAUAUAUGGAUGAUUUAAAAUCCUGAAAGAGCUAGCUCUUUAUAUUGGAAGUCUCGGGGCAGCUUUAGUCCUCAUUUUUCCCAGUGUAGGAAGAUUACAUUGCUUGUGCAAUCUUCAAGGAUCAAUCAUAAUACAAUGUACAAAGUAUAGUAUAAGAGUGACAUAAAAUAAUAAAGCUGGUAAGAUGAUCACUUCCAAGCCUUUAAAAACUUCCAUUUUUUCUUGCCUUGCUUUGUUGCUACAAAAUCAUGUAAAAAGUGAAGGUACAUCAAAUGGGUUUGCUAAGAUGUUGCGGAAAUAAUUAAUGGCUAAUGCUACUUUGUUGUA